AGUUCCUCUAGCCACGCAGUGUCUCUAUGGUCGGGUAGGCGGGGCUAGGAGGAAGAUGGCGGCGCCCGCAGCUGCAGCUGAGCCCCUGGCUUCUGGGGGUCCGCGGCCCCCAGUGUGUCUGUUGGUGUUGGGAAUGGCGGGAUCCGGGAAAACCACCUUUGUACAGAGGCUCACAGGACACCUGCAUACCCAAGGCACUCCACCUUAUGUGAUCAACCUGGAUCCGGCAGUACAUGAAGUUCCCUUUCCUGCCAAUAUUGAUAUUCGUGACACUGUGAAGUAUAAAGAAGUCAUGAAACAAUAUGGACUUGGGCCCAACGGUGGCAUAGUGACCUCACUCAAUCUCUUUGCUACCAGAUUUGAUCAGGUGAUGCAAUUUAUUGAGAAGGCCCAGAAUGUGUCUAAGUAUGUGUUGAUUGACACACCUGGACAGAUUGAGGUAUUCACCUGGUCAGCUUCUGGGACAAUUAUCACUGAGGCUCUUGCAUCCUCAUUUCCAACAGUUGUCAUCUAUGUAAUGGACACAUCAAGAAGUACCAACCCAGUGACUUUCAUGUCCAACAUGCUCUAUGCCUGCAGCAUCUUAUACAAAACCAAGCUGCCUUUCAUUGUGGUCAUGAAUAAAACUGACAUCAUUGACCACAGCUUUGCAGUGGAAUGGAUGCAGGAUUUUGAGGCUUUCCAAGAUGCCUUGAAUCAAGAGACCACAUACGUCAGCAACCUGACUCGUUCAAUGAGCCUGGUGCUAGAUGAGUUUUAUAGCUCACUCAGGGUGGUGGGUGUCUCUGCUGUUCUGGGUACUGGAUUAGAUGAACUCUUUGUGCAAGUCACCAGUGCUGCUGAAGAGUAUGAAAGGGAGUAUCGGCCUGAAUAUGAACGUCUGAAAAAAUCACUGGCAAAUGCAGAGAGCCAACAUCAGAGAGAACAACUAGAACGCCUUCGAAAAGAUAUGGGUUCUGUAGCCUUGGACGCAGGGACUACCAAAGACAGCUUAUCUCCUGUGCUGGACCCUUCUGAAUUGAUCCUGACUCGUGGAACCUUGGAUGAAGAGGAUGAGGAAGCAGACAGUGAUACUGAUGACAUUGAUCAUAGAGUUACAGAGGAAAGCCAUGAAGAGCCAGCAUUCCAGAAUUUUAUGCAAGAAUCGAUGGCACAAUACUGGAAAAGAAACAACAAAUAGGACACCCUAGGACACUUCACUUGUUGCUAGAAGUCCAGAAUUUUGGACCUCUGUGUGAAAGAACUAUCCUUACCUCUGACUGGGGGCUACCAUAAGGGACAAUUUUCUUCAGGGUAGCAGAGUUUCUCUUAUUAGAGAAAUCUUGUGACUCAGAUGAAGUCAGGGCGAGAAGACCCUUGGACCUGGCAGGUUAAUGCUGAUUAUUCCUUGGCCCUUCCCCUGUAUUUAUGCAAGGAAGGAUAUACUGAGCUCAUAUUCUUCCAGCCCUACAACUUCAGGUUUUAUCAUUUGAACUCAAGUACUUUGGCUGCUGAGGAAUGGAAUCAAAAGAACAUAGUCUCUUGGUGACCACUUCAGAUCUCUUUUAGGCUGAGUAUAUAGCCUCUACUCGCCCCUCUCCUCCCCCCCCAGCUUCAUGCCCUUGACCCUGCACCAUGAGUUGCCCUCCUAUUAGUAGCCAGGGAAAAGGGAAACAUGAGUUUGUCCAGAACAGCGCCAGAGUAUUCUUGGCAAUCCACCAACGUUGGUAUGAAAUAUGCCUCACACUGUAUAGCUCAUUAUAGGACGCCAGGUUUGUUGAAGAAAGUGGGCAAGACAUGAUUGAUGAAUCAGAAUCCUAUUUCAGUGGUGACUUGGAUAAAGAGUGUUUAAUUUUAA